AUGGAUCUCAUGGAUAAUGGAUUCCGUUCUUCGGUGAAUAUAUGUAAAAACUGCCAAAUACUUGGUCAUACCCAAAAAUGGUGUAAAAAUAACCCAUCUUGCCCCGUUUGUAACCUAUCGCCCCAUAGCGAUACAAUAUGCAGCCGCAUAACAUGUGCAAAUUGUUAUGGCGAACACACCUCAUCUGACAAAACAUGUCCAAAAUACCAACAAAUUAAAGAAAUCUUAACUAUAAAAACAUUAGAAAACAUCAGCAUAGGCGAGGCGCGAAAAUAUAAAGAACAACACCCUAUACAAGUGGGCACAACUGUACCCUUUUCGCAAAUAAUUAACCACUCUCAUCACAAACAAGCAAACCAAGCAGAAACCGAAGACAUAUCGUCAAUAAACACUCAAAAACAACCUAGUACAACAAAUGCAUCGGCACUUACAGUGCAUCACCAUCACAAAUCUAUCAACUACAAAUCAAUAGCCAAUGAACAAAACAGCACUCAACACAAAGACGGUCAUACAACGCAAAAUCCUAAAAACAACAAUAACAACAAUAUCACCAAUCAAACUUCUAAAGAGCAAUUGAUCUCACUUCUUUCUCGUUACACAUCUCAUAUCAACGAUAUCUCCGAAAUACCAACAACUUCAACAAUCACUGAUCUCAGCUACGGAGAAAACAACAACACAAACUUGUCAAACCAGUUCGAGGAUAUCUCUGAUAACAUUUAA